CGCAUUAUUCUGUCUUUCACGUUUAGCGAUCUGUGCGGUGUGCAUGUACUUAAGUUAUAAUUUUUCUUUUUGAAACCUAAAGUAUGGACAUUUUUGCAGAAGCGAGUUGUAGUCGUGAUUUUAGAAAUCAGAAUUUUACUUACAAUGAUUUAUUUAAUUUAUUACGGGGAAACGGACCACUAAAUCCCCAGUCCAAACAGUCUAGAAAAUUUUUGUUUAAAAAGUUAUGUGAGAAGUAUGAUGGGAAAAAUUGGAUGCUUGAGUACACAAAUAAAAUAAAUGCUGGCUUAAAUAGUUAUACGAUAGUUUUAUCACGAAAAUGGAUACAAUGUAAUAGAAAUAUUCACAUUUUUUAUAAAAAUAACAGUGCAUGGUUAAUUAGAAAUAUUUAAAGCACGGAAAAAUGUGAUUCAGAACAAUUUUCGUUCAGAGAUGGGCUUAUUAGUUGAUGUGGUACUGCAAGAACACGGGACCUCAAAUGAUGGAAAUACUGCUAGGACAUUUUUCAGAAAUGCAGAGAAAUCGGCAGAGAUCACAGGAGUUAAUUUAAACCUGAUUGAACGUUUUAAAAAUAUUCUAAUGGUUAUGGCAAGUGGCCAAGAUAUUGAUACAAAUUCAUUUGAUGAGUAUGGUGUACAAACAGCUAAACUUUUUAUUUCCUUAUAUCCCUGGUUUUAUAUGCCAUCCAGCGUACAUAAAAUAUUAAUACACGGUGCUGAUGUUAUUCGUUAUGCAGUUUUACCGAUAGGACAUUUAUCAGAGGAGGCUCAAGAAUCUCGAAAUAAAGAUUACAAAAUGUACAGAAGACACCACACAAGAAAAAAUUCAAGAAUAAACACAAACAAAGACCUCUUACAUGUGUUAUUAAUAUCAUCUGACCCUUUAAUAUCGACCAUAAGAUUACUUCAAAAAAAAAAAUUACAAGACUUAUCAAAUGAAACUAAAUCGUUAUUGAAUGUAAUGCAGUUAGACGAAACAAAUUUGAACAGUGAUUGUGAUGUGAUAGUGACAUUACUAUAAUAUAUUGUUAACGUACUUUUUUAUAGUUAUAUUACUUACAAUGUUAAAUAUUGAUAAAUGUAUAUAAUUUAAUUUUAAAAAUUAAAAACAUCCCCUAUUACCCAUAACUAGGGGUUGAUUACAGAAUGAAUAUUAUAA